CAAAAUUUACGGUGAGUGAUACUACCCAUAAUUGAGAGUGCCAAAACCCCUCUACUACUUCCCAAAACCUUGCAAGCUCUGACAAUGGAGGUUGACGGAGAGAUUAACGGAGAAUCAGUUGGAAGAUGUCUGAGCAGCUUUGUUGAUGACGGCACCACUGAAAGUCACCGUUACUUUCUUGCUCGAAGAACAACUCUAGAGAUGCUCAAAGAUAGAGGAUAUGCUGUCCCUAACUCAGAAAUUGAUCUCUCUCUUCACGAUUUUCGCAACAUUUAUGGCCCUAAACCUGACCCUGAUCGUCUCCGCAUCUCCACUGCUCUCCGAUCCGACGAGUCCAAAAAAAUCUUGGUGAUUUUUUGUGGGCCUCAGCUGGUCAAGGUGAACACAAUACGUGGAAUUGGAGCUCAGAUUGUUAACAGAGAAAGUUUGAGUGGCUUAAUACUGGUAUUGCAAAGUAAAAUAACAAAUCAAGCUCAGAAAUCUGUGGAUCUAUUCCAAUUUAAAGUUGAGAUAUUUCAAAUAACUGAUUUGCUUGUCAAUAUCACAAAGCAUGUCUUGAAGCCAAGGCAUCAAGUGCUCACCCCCAGGGAGAAAGAGAAGCUCCUAAAGAAAUACAAUUUGCAAGAAAAGCAGCUUCCUCGAAUGUCAGUGAAGGAUGCAAUUGUACGAUAUUAUGGACUUGAGAAGGGGCAGGUACUCAAAGUGACAUAUAGUGGUGAGAUCACGCAGUCUCAUGUCACGUAUCGUUGUGUAUCGUAAUGAUGAUGGAAGAGAUAUCUGGUUUCUCUGCUCUCUUUUUUCUUUCAGGCCUCAUUUGUUUAGUCUUGCAAUUUCAUCGAACAUUGUACUGUUUGAUGCUGUGGGAUGUUGUAGACGUGAAUCCUUCUGGAAACUGAAGGGCUGUUGUUGCCAUUUCAUGACUUGCGGUCUACAAUUUUUUGUAAAGUUGCUUUAUUAUUAUCUUGUUUUUACUA